CGGGAGGGCAGGAGCUCGAAGCCACAACCGGCACUCUCUCUCUGCUACUCUCCUCUUUCAGUUCGACAGCACACGCGACCUCGUGCGGAUCGGUCGUCGUCCGUCUCUUUUUCUCGUUCCUAUCUUAGACUUUAUCACAUAAUUACUCUUAAAGGACGUCUCCGCUUAUCGUUUCGUCUCUUAAACGAAAUCGAUUGCAUGACUCGUGCGCCCUUAAAAUCGAAUUUUCAUGAUCGUUUCAUGAAAGUGUGUGUUGAGAGAUUUGUGUAUGUUUCAAUCAUGAGAUUGAAAAAGUUUUGCUCAGUGAAGUUUAUCAACUCGUAUUUCGAAUCAUCGCCAUUAGGACUCGAGACGACAUUUUCCUAAUUUCUCUGAAUAGCUUCGUCAUCGUCGUUGUCGUCGUGUCGUCUCGAUCGAGGAUUUCGCAAGAUGCGCUUUACAAAAAAACGGAAAGAGCAGUUCUGAAUGAUCGAGAAAGUGUGAAAAUCGAAAAAGAGGAAACCAAAUCCGAUGAGUCUUCCGCGCAAAAAAAGAAUCAUCUAAAUCGUCCGAUGAUAAAUGAUUUUAAUCGAAGAGAUCAAAGCGAAUGAAAGGAAUUGAUUGCCACGAUGAUUUUCUGACGAAAAUCUGAGAUCCUCUUCAACCCUUUCAAAUCUUUUUAAACCCGAUUCUCUCUCAUUGGCCUGAAUCAUUAACGUGUCAUAUUGAUCCGAACGAUAGAGGAUUUUCAAGAAUUAUUUUUGUGAAUUAAGAGAGAGAGAGAGAGAGAGAGAGGGAGAGAGAGAGAAACAAAAACAAGAACAAAAACAAAGAGAAAGAAAGAAAUAGAAAGAAAAAUCUUAUCGAGAUGGAAGAGGAUGACACGGAGGACAUGCCGGUGACCUUGACCAAUAAGUUAGUAAAGAAAAAAAUAAUAUCAACGACGAGAAAGAUAAUAAAUGCGCAGGAAUAUACGUCGGCUAGAACAUUUUCCGGUGGUCAGAUAACUAUUCGUAGGCAAGACUCGGCCGAUGAAUCGGACACGAUGGAAUACGCUUCCGAGAACGAGGUCGAGAAUAUACCUAAGGACGAGGAGUGUUCCGAGCCACUUGUGAUCGAUGAGAAAGGGAAUAGGAUAUCCGGAAUAGACAGACACUCGGUGGAUAUUCCUGAGGAAGCCGAGUCACUUUUGAUGGGUCGUCAAAAGACGAGUCAUCAUUUUUCAUCGACGACGAUUUGUGUUAACGAGGAGGACAUGACGCAUAACACUAGUAGUAGAUACUCCGGCUCGAGGCUGGGCCUUUUCAUGAGCAAACGAAGUCCACAAUCCAGUUCGAGUCAAGAGGAUUACGAGCCUGAAGUGAAAAGUUUGUCUAGAUUGCAAAGACAGCAUCACCAUCUGCAACAACCACAACAACAACAACAACAACAACAUCUUUUAACAGCCGGUAGUAGUAGUAGUGGCCAAGUAACAGCAAGAUCAAUGGAAAGCUUACGUUCCUCGAAAAACUUUCUCAGUGCCGACGAUCGUUACAGCGACGAACGAAAGUCCUUAGAGUCUUUGUCCUCCUCAUCGGAAACUCAUCUGACAACUUCGAAAAGUCACUAUCGCAGUUUCUUGACAUCGUCGAGCAAGGACGUGCGUAGGAUCGUCACUCAGGUCGAAUCUAAGAGCAGCGAAAAUCUUCAUCGCGAGGAAAGCUUGAACGCUGAGGUCCGUCGUGGUCUUUUCGCGAAUACCGGCCUCGAAAGAAAAUUACCUCAACAUUUAAGCCUUCCACCGCCGUCUAACGUCUUCUCGUUGACAAGUCCGGGUGGCAGCGAUCGAAAGAUCACUAUACUUAGUCCUCAUUCGCCUAUAAACUCAACGGAAUUUCAAUUCUCUACGCAGACUUUGAAGAGCAGGAGGAAGAAGGCCAUCGUCUUGCCUAGGUUGGUGUUGCCUCGAAGCGAAUCCGAAGUCUUUUUAGAUUUCGACGUUGAAAAUGGAGCUUCGACGUUGGACGGUGGUGCUGGUGGUGGUGGAGGAGCCUCGCCAAGCGCAGGCUUGGUCCUCCAAACGCUACCACAAAGAAGGGAGAGUUUUCUUUAUCGGAGUGACAGCGAUUUUGAGAUGUCACCGAAGUCGAUGUCUCGAAACAGUUCCAUUGCCAGUGAAAGGUUCAAAGAGACAGAGCUUCCUGUCGAGCGAGCGAUAUUUACCGAUCAGUACAGUCAUGGAGAGGAUCUCAUCGUUACGCCGUUCGCGCAGAUACUCGCUUCUCUUCGUGCGGUUCGGAACAAUUUCUUGUCGCUCACGAAUGUUCCGACCAACAAAUCACGAAGGAGUAGCGGGGCGCAGGGUAGCAGUACGCCACAGCCACGGAUCCUGGCACCCGGAGAGGAGCCCUACAUAAAACUUGCCGUGGAAACGAUGGAAGAAUUGGAUUGGUGUUUGGACCAGCUGGAAACUAUUCAAACUCAUCGGUCCGUGUCCGAUAUGGCCUCCCUUAAGUUCAAGAGAAUGCUGAACAAGGAACUCCUUCACUUCUCGGAAUCGUCCAAGUCCGGGAAUCAAAUAUCGGAAUAUAUCUGCAAUACUUUCCUUGACAAGCAGCAGGAACUCGAUUUGCCAUCUUUGCGGAUCGAAGAUGCAGUUGCAGCAGCCGGAAGUGUGGAUGCACGUGCUGCUAAGAAGAAGGAUAGGGCACAGAGGGGUCCAGCUGCUAUGUCGCACAUUAGUGGCGUUAAAAGGCCACUCACGCACACGAAUAGCUUCACGGGAGAACGAGUACCCCUUCACGGAGUGGAAACACCACACGAGGAGGAACUCGGCAAGUUAUUGUCGGACAUCGACAAAUGGGGCAUCGACAUCUUCAGGAUAGGCGAGCUCAGUAAUAAUCGACCUCUCACCUGUGUCGCGUAUACGGCCUUCCAAAGCCGAGAUUUGUUGAAGUCGUUGGCGAUACCGCCGAAAACCUUCGUUACCUUCAUGAUGACCCUCGAGGAUCAUUACGUGAAGGAUAAUCCCUUCCAUAACAGUCUUCAUGCCGCCGAUGUGACCCAAUCCACCCACACAUUACUCAACACACCCGCCCUCGAGUCUGUGUUUACGCCGUUGGAGAUCACAGCGGCUCUGUUUGCGGCCACGAUCCAUGACGUGGAUCAUCCCGGUCUAACGAAUCAGUUCCUUAUCAAUUCGAGCUCCGAGCUCGCCCUGAUGUACAACGACGAGUCCGUAUUGGAGAAUCAUCACCUAGCGGUGGCGUUCAAGCUCCUGCAGAACGAAGGUUGCGACAUAUUCGUGAACAUGACGAAAAAGCAACGGCAAACCUUGAGGAAGAUGGUGAUCGACAUGGUCUUAUCGACGGACAUGUCGAAACACAUGUCCUUAUUGGCAGAUCUGAAAACUAUGGUAGAAACGAAGAAAGUCGCUGGUUCUGGCGUACUACUUCUAGACAAUUACACGGAUCGCAUACAGGUGUUGGAGAAUCUCGUUCAUUGUGCGGACCUGUCGAACCCAACGAAACCGUUGCCUCUUUAUCGACGAUGGGUGAGCCUAUUGAUGGAGGAGUUUUUCCUGCAGGGUGAUCGAGAGCGCGAACAGAACAUGGACAUAAGUCCUAUGUGCGAUAGGCAUAGCGCGACGAUCGAAAAGUCGCAGGUCGGCUUUAUCGAUUACAUCGUGCAUCCGCUUUGGGAAACGUGGGCAGAUUUGGUACAUCCUGAUGCUCAAGAGAUUUUGGAUACGUUGGAAGAGAAUAGAGAUUGGUAUCAGUCGAUGAUUCCACCGUCACCACCGUCGGACGAUCAACAACAACAGCAACAACAGGCUGUUAACGAUCAGCAGCAACAACAGUCCGAGAAAAAACAUUUUCAAAUGACGUUGGAAGAAGGAGACGAGAGCGGAGAGACUUUAGAGGGUAACGACGGUGGCGGUGGCGAUGGCGACGGUGGUGGCGGUGGUCGGACAACAUUUUCGAGCGAGGACGCGGGCGGUGAGAACGAUGAGAACGCCGUGGAUGCUGGAAUGUGACGGAGGCUCGCCGGUAUCUGCAAGAAGCUCCACGAGAAGGUGCAGCAGACUUGGUGGCGCGUGCGUCAGUGACACGAGCACGAGCAGGAGCCGCGCUGGCUGCAGGUCGCGGUGUUGCUGUACUGACGCGACGAUAAAAAAAAAAAAAAAAGAAAAGGAUCCCCAUCCUUUUGUCCUUGGUAUUCCUGAGAGUACGUCGAAGCUGCCUGGGACUAAUAAAAUAGGCUAGGCUUAUAUUAGUCGUUGUUUCGCGAGCGAAGAAGACGCUUGCUUGGCCAAGACUGCUAAAAUAAACUGACGAAAUUUCUUGGCGCUUGAGGGAAGAAGGUUGAGAAAAACUGAGUAUGGUAUGGGAACGAUUAUAAAGAAAAAAAAAAAAAAAAGAAAAAAAAAGAAAAAAAAAAGAAAAAGAAAACAAAAAAAAAAGAACAAGAGAGAGGACAAAAAUGACCAGCACUCCCUCCCCCUCGUUGCUCGCCCUGAUUCUCUUCUUAUCGUUGUCGCCAAUACCAGAAAAAGCAAGCAGCAAACAGCAAGCAACAGCAGCAGCAGCAGCACCACAACCACAACCACCCAUUACAACAUCACCGCCGUUGUCUGUCGUCGUUCAAAAAUGUGUUAGAAAACGCGACGAUCUGACGGCUCGUUGUCGACGCAUCAUCCUCGAAAAGCAGAACGCUCUCUCUUUCUCUCUCCCUCUCUCUCUCUCUCUCUUUCUCUCUCCCUCUCUCUCUCUCUCGUACGCAAAAUUGAAGAUCGUUCGUGACUUCUAUUUUCGGGUGGGACUAAACCGGAAGAAGAAAAAGAAGAGGAAGAAGAGGAGGAAGAAGAAGAAGUACGAUCUUCGAUCAACGGUGACGCGUUGGCGGCUGGUCCGAAACGCGUCGCGUCCGAAGGGAAACGAGAAACGAUUUGUCCUGGACGAGAGAUCAAUAAAUAAGAAGUAUUGUCGCGCCUCAUGCGAAGAUUAUUCUGUCCUCGUCGUUGUCGUCAUCGUUCUCCUCAUCGUAACUCCAUUAGCUUAUUUUUUUACUCUAUCUAUCUAUAUAUCUAUUUCUUUCUCUGACACUCUAUGUCUAUCUCUAUCCCUUUCUCUAUCUCCUUUAACUAACCUUCCUCCUUUCAUUGUUUCCUGAUUAAUUUUCCUGAUUGGUCUCGAUCGCACCGAGGAAAGACUAUUUUGGAAACUAGCGUUGCAUCUUGUCCUUCCUCCCUCUUUAUCUAUCUAAUGUAUCUAUCUAUUUCUAUCUCUAUCCUCCAUCUCAUUGAAGUUAAAGUGAUAAUAAACGGAGGGAUCGAAUCUCUUUCUUCACAAUGUACCUGCGCAAAUAAAGCGAGAUUCUGUUUUUCACGAUUGCUCGACAAUCGGUCGAUGCUACAAAAAAGAAAAAAGAAGAAGAAGAAGAAGAAGAAGAAGAAGAAGAAGAACGUAAUGAUUAUGAGGAUAAAUAAGUGAGAACAAAGUUAGAAGAGUUUAUACUUGCUACGUGCUACGCAUAAACGAAGGGCACUAAAACUUCGCUUCGGAGAAAAGACGAAGAUACAGAAUCGCACAGAAUCCUCAACGACAUAUCAAAACAUUGAACGGUACAAUAAUGGUGUAAGAUUUUAUUCCGAGGGAUUCGUAGUUGGAUUUCGCGGGCUCGAUUAAUAUCGUAUUCGUAUAUCUAUCUAUGUAAUAUAUAUAUAUAUAUAUGAAUAUAUAUAAAUAUAAAAAUAUAUAUAUAUAUAUCUCUUUCUCUCCGUCUCAUACGAUUGAAACAAACGCAGAGAGGCUUGUUUAGAUGUGUCCAUCGUCGAAAGAUUAAAUAUAUGCAAUCCAAACUACUGUUGGAAUACAAAGUACAAAAUAAGAGAAGGAAAAAGAAAGUAUGAAUGAACGAAUGAAAAAGAAAAAAGAGAAAAGAAAGGAAGACCGUGCUUUACGGUGCACACGGAAUAAUAAUCAAAAAAAAAAAAAAUGAGAUAAUAAAAAGUAGAUCACCUUUGGGAAAAUCUUAGAACAAGAAUGGAAUUUGUAACUCGUGAAGUAAUGACACACGUGCACGAAGAAGUAUUUGCAUAAUGUUAAAGAAAGAGGAAAAAUAAAUAAAAAGACGAAAGAAACGUAAUCUUUGUAAGGAAGCAUGCAGCCACGUUUUAAGACGAAGGUAAGGAAAAUUAAAAAAGAUGAAAAAGAAAAAGAUAAAAGUCAAGUAAAAGAACAGCAGAGAGGGAGAGAGAGAGAGAGAGAGAGGGAGAGAGGGGGAGAGAGAGAGAGAGAGAGAGAAAGAGAAAGGAACAGAAGUGAAAAAAGACGAAAGUAAGGAAGAAAAAGACUAUUAUAUGCCGGCGAAAAAGAUGUUAUUAUAUGUGAAAAGACAGAUGGUUAAUUUUAAUAUAAUAACUGCGUUAAAAAAAGAGCUGGACUUUUUAGGUUUGUAUUAAAAUUAAUUCAUUCGAACUUGCUACGUGAGGGAAAAAGUGAAAAAGGAAAAGAAAAGAAAAGAAAAGAAAAAAAAAUAGAAGAGAAAAGAGAAACAACAAUACUCUUUCUUCUUUUAAAAAUUAUAAAAAAAACAUUGAGGAACAUUGCGCGACAUGACACAAAUUACAUACAUACGUACAUACAUAUAUAUAUAUAUACAAACAUAUAUACAUAUAUAUAUAUACAUAUAUAAAAAUACGCUCUUUUGUACACUUGCGCUAUUUCUUAACACAAGGAGAGACACGGACAACAAACACGCAUACACACACCCACACGUACACACAUUAUUUACAUGCAUAUAAUAAAUAAAAGAAAUGUAAACGCGUGUAAUAGUGACAUCUCAAACUAUCACGAUUUUAUCAUGCAUUUUACGCUACAAUGCAAAUAUGACGAUGGCGCAGGAACGCGCCGAGUCUAAAGAGGAUGUAAAAAUUCUUUCUAACCAAAGAGUAAUAUUAGUGAUUGUCGUUAUAAAUCGAUCAUCGAGUACGAGAAGCGCCCGCCACAUUAUUAAUUACCGAUACGUUUCACGCGACGAACCGUAUUUUUUCUCUCCUGGCUUUUAGCGAUCGAUAGAAAAUAAGAGGAAGACCUGUAAUCGUGUUUAUAGAGAACAACACUCGCGCAGAUCGAUGUAUUAUGGCAAACAAAAAUACCACAGAUAUUAUAAGGGGUAAAAAAGAAAGAAAAAAGAGAAAAAAGAGAAAAAAAAAAAAAGACAGAAAAAAUACAACUUCGCUUUGAUGUCUGUGUUUCGACGAGAACUUUCUAAGUUGUGUUGUAUAUACUUUCGACGUUCGAGACGAUCUUCCCGUGACAUAUAAAGAUCUGAUUACAAGAUCAUGUCGAUUUUUGACAUGACUCGUGUCGUAGAUAAAAAAAAAAAGAGAAUGAAAGAAAUUGACAUUGAAGAUCUUCUGAACGUCGAUCGUUUGGUAUUUUUGCAGUGUAAAAGUGCUGAUUCUUCGAAAUCGUCUUCUUUUCUCUCAAAAGGUCGUUCGUACUUCGCUACGAUUAAGAUUCUUGUAAAUUUUUCAGCGGGGAAUUGUAAUUGUAAAGUGACAAAAUAUAAAUAUAUGUGCGUAUGUGUGCGUAUAUAUAUAUAUAUAUAUAUAUUUAUUUAUAUUCUAUAUAUAUAUAUAUAUGUAUACCGGCACAUACACAGCUGGAAAAUUAAAAAUAAUGCAGGCUCAUACGAACGGCAUGUAUUUAUAAUCGUGUAAUAGCGAAGGUCAGCCUAAAAAAGAAAAAAAAAAAAAAUAAAAGUAAAGUCGUAUACACAUUUAGAUAGUAAGCUCCUAACUGUCGUGCGUGAAACGCGAAAGGAAUAUAAUGAUGAUGAUGAUAAUGAUGAUGAUAAUGAUGAUGAUCGAAGAAAAGAAAAAAAAAAAAAACAAAAAAAAUUUGAGAAGGAGACUCAUGUGUGUGGUAUCUCUUUUGGUCCACGUAAUCGUAUCAACUAUCGAGAACGAAAAAAAUCUGUAUCUGUGUCCGUAGGCAGUGAUCUAGUGAGUGUUUUGGUGCUGGUCACCAAGCUUAGAAUUAUUAAAUUUAAUUAUAAGAUUUACGAAGUACACGAUUAGAUUGUAAGCUGAAGAAAAAAAAAAAAAUCAACUUAACGAAGUUUCUUAGGGCAUAAGCAACGAGGUUAUGAAUAAAGAUUAAAUAAUUAUCUAUUAACACAAAAGAACUGAGGUCAGUAAACCAAAAAAGAAAAAAAUAAGGAACAAAAAAGGACGUGGAGAAGAAGAAGGAGAAGAUGGAGGUAUAGAAAGAAAGUGAAAGAAAGGAAAAAAAGAAAAAAGUAAUUAACUUCGUCAAUUUAUGACGAAUAAUGAAGAAAGAAAACAACUGGAAGUUCGUAAUAAAAUUAAAUGAAUCGUCCGAUGUGUCUAAGAUGAAUGUUGUAUUUAAUUAGAGAUAUCGUGUGAUGAGGGGAGAUAUAUAUAUAUAUAUAAGCGAUCAUUUUCGACGUUCGAAUGAAUAUAAAAGAAACAAUUAUCGCGAAUAAAUGCGCAGGUACAAUUUAUUUUACGCACCUUAAACUUCCAACUCUCUCUCUCAUAACUGUUUGUCAAUUGUUCAUUACGAAUGAAGAAAAACAGAAGGAAUGAAAAGUAUUAAAGGACAAAGCGAAAAAAAGAAAUGAUUACAAAAAAAUGAAAAAAGAAAAAAUAUAAAAAAAAGGAGGAAAAAACUAAUGAUAAACGAGGAGAAGAAAAAAAUAACAAAAAAAAAAGAAAACAGAAAAAAUAAAAAGCACCGAGCGCGCGACGUUUAGUCUUUAAUUUCUUCGGGUGAUUCGAGACUUACAUACUUUAGAAUAAUGACGAUGUUUUACAAAGUGUGACAAUUACCGAUUACUUCCUGAGAUACGAUAGUAAACAGCGAUGAUGAUGAUGAUGAUGAUAAUGAUAAUGAUGAUGAUGAUGAUGAUAAUGAUAAUAAUAAUGAUAAUGAUGAUGUCUGAUGAUAAUGAUGAUGAUCAUGAUAAUCACGGUGACAAGAGAAAAUUAAAAAUACAACGUGUUUGAUUGCUGGACAGUUAAAUGAACAUGUAUUAAUAUCGUGUAACCCUCGUACGAAAUAUAUGUGUAAUAAAAACAUAUUUAUUGUCGGAA